CAAUAAUUUAUAUUGAAAAGAGGAUAGCCAAUUUAUUGGCUAAUUCGAAUUCAUAUGUACAAUUAGUAUAAUUCUGAUUGUUGAAGUCAAAAAUUCAAGUCUCUUGGCUCUUUUCACGCUUUCUCACAAACGGAUUCAAAAAUAGUAAUCUAUUUUUGAAGUUUGGAUAAACCAUUGCUUCGUCUGGUGUCUACAAUACAUAUUACUCAUAUAAUACUAAUUUUAUUUUUACCAGAUCGAAAAUUUUUAUGUUGAAAAGAAAAAUUUAUAGAUCCAAUGUCACAUUCCGUAAAAAUUUACGAUACAUGUAUAGGAUGCACUCAAUGUGUACGAGCUUGUCCAACAGAUGUAUUAGAAAUGAUACCCUGGGAUGGAUGUAAAGCCAAGCAAAUAGCUUCUGCCCCGAGAACUGAAGAUUGUGUGGGUUGUAAGAGAUGCGAAUCCGCUUGCCCGACGGAUUUUUUAAGUGUACGCGUUUAUUUAGGGCCUGAAACAACCCGUAGCAUGGCUUUAUCUUAUUGAUACGUUACAAAAAACUUCAUUUGAAUCGUCUGAUUCCUCUUUACCGAAGAAGCCUGUGCUCGAAAUAAUCGAGCACGGGCUUUUCUGGUCAAAACGUAUCUUGUCUUUACCACUUUAUCAUGAGUUAUUUUCCUUGGUUAACAAUACUUGUUGUUUUGCCGAUAUUUGCAGGUUCAUUAAUUUUCUUUUUACCUCAUAGGGGAAACAAAAUAGUUAGGUGGUAUACUAUAUCCAUUUGUUUAUUAGAAUUCCUUCUAAUGACUUAUGCAUUCUGCUAUCAUUUCCAACUGGAGGAUCCUUUAAUCCAAUUAAAGGAGGAUUAUAAAUGGAUAGAUAUCUUCGAUUUCCACUGGAGAUUGGGAAUCGAUGGACUUUCAUUAGGAUCUAUUUUAUUGACAGGAUUUAUCACUACUUUAGCUACUUUAGCAGCUUGGCCAGUUACCCGGAAUUCGCGAUUAUUCUAUUUCUUGAUGCUAGCAAUGUAUAGUGGUCAAAUAGGAUUAUUUUCUUCGCGAGACCUUUUACUUUUUUUUAUCAUGUGGGAGUUAGAAUUAAUUCCUGUUUACUUACUUUUAUCCAUGUGGGGGGGAAAGAGGCGUCUAUAUUCAGCUACAAAGUUUAUUUUGUAUACUGCAGGCGGCUCCAUCUUUUUCUUAAUCGGAGUUCUGGGUAUGGGCUUAUAUGGUUAUGGUUCCAACGAACUGGGAUUAGAUUUGGAAAGAUUAAUUAAUCAAUCAUACCCUGCAACCUUGGAAAUACUUUUAUAUUUUGGCUUCCUUAUUGCUUAUGCUGUCAAAUUGCCAAUUAUACCCCUACAUACGUGGUUACCCGACACCCAUGGGGAAGCGCAUUAUAGUACAUGUAUGCUUUUAGCGGGAAUCUUAUUAAAGAUGGGAGCAUAUGGAUUGAUUCGGAUCAACAUGGAAUUGUUACCUCAUGCUCAUUAUCUAUUUUCGCCCUGGUUAGUAAUAAUAGGAGCGAUCCAAAUAAUCUAUGCAGCUUCAACUUCUCUUGGUCAACGAAAUUUCAAAAAAAGAAUAGCCUAUUCCUCUAUAUCUCACAUGGGUUUCAUAAUUAUAGGAAUUGGUUCCAUAACCAACAUUGGACUCAAUGGAGCUAUUUUACAAAUAUUAUCCCAUGGAUUUAUUGGUGCUACACUUUUUUUCUUGGCAGGAACGGCUUCCGAUAGAAUGCGUCUUGUUUAUCUCGAAGAACUGGGAGGAAUAUCUAUCCCAAUGCCAAAAAUUUUUACUAUGUUUAGUAGCUUUUCAAUGGCUUCUCUUGCCUUACCAGGAAUGAGUGGUUUUGUCGCAGAAUUAGUAGUCUUUUUUGGCCUAAUUACUAGUCCAAAAUUUCUGUUAAUGCCAAAAAUGCUAAUUACUUUUGUAAUGGCAAUAGGAAUGAUAUUAACUCCUAUUUAUUUAUUAUCUAUGUUACGCCAGAUGUUCUAUGGAUACAAGCUAUUUAAUGUUCCAAACGCAAAUUUUGUGGAUUCUGGACCACGAGAACUCUUUAUUUUAAUCUGUAUCUUUUUACCAGUAAUAGGAAUUGGUAUUUAUCCAGAUUUUGUUCUCUCCCUAUCCAUUGACAGGGUGGAGGCUCUCGUAUCCAAUUAUUAUCCUAAAUAGGUUUUUUACCAGUCCGGUCUAUUAAUG